AUGGAGGGGUUUGACGAGGCGAAGGAUGUCCUACGGGACGUCUCCAACAAUGUUGACCGGGCCUUCGCCCAUGAUGGCGAGGCUGACUCCUCUGAUGGGACUGUGAAGCCAGCUGGAGUGCCGCGUGAGAAAGGCUGGACGGACCCAGUUCCGUUCAGCUACGAAAGCUACAAUAAUAAGGAAUUCACAGAUUGGGCUGGCGUGGCGGCCCGGUACGAAUGGAAGGAUGAGUACGGUGAUAUUGGUCCUCGCAGCCUCGAGCUAGAGGAACAGCUUUUCAACGAUGACUUCAUCCCUCGCGCGGGUAAUCGCUUCAAUGAGCUGAAGAUGUCCGGCCAAGAGGAGCCUUACUCAGUUCAGAUCGAGAGUGAGGCCAAGCUGCAGCCGGUGGCCACGGUAAGCUGCUUUCGGUCCUCGGGAUUUUAUUUCACUGCUAACAUGACCCAGUUUGAGGAGGCUGGGAUUCACCCGGUGCUUGUGGAGAACCUCCACCGUUGCCUCUAUGCAUGGCCCACUGCCAUUCAGUGCUACACGAUCCCGGCCAUUCAUGAAGAACGGGAUGUGAUCGGAAUUGCUCAAACUGGCUCUGGAAAAACCGGUGCCUUCUUGAUUCCCAUUCUUUCAAAGCUUAUGGGGAAGGCUAAAAAGCUGGCCGCUCCUCGCCCAGAUAUUGCUGCAGACUGGAAUCCUCGGGAGCAUGCAGUGAGGGCCGAGCCAUUGGUUCUCAUUGUGUGCCCCACGCGAGAACUCGCAAAUCAGAUUUUUGACGAUGCGCGUCGUUUCUGUUACCGAUCCAUGCUUCGUCCCUGCGUCGCGUACGGAGGGGCUCCCGCUCGCUUCCAGCGUGAAGAGUUGCAAAAGGGAUGUGAUAUCCUCAUUGGAACCCCAGGCCGUAUCCUUGACUUCAUGAAGCAGCCGCAUGUGUUGUCGCUGCGUCGUGUCCGUUACACGGUGAUUGAUGAAGCUGAUGAACUGCUGCAAGCAGACUGGGAACAGGAAUUUAAGCACCUUAUGGCUGGAGGUGGUAAGUUUGGCGCUGACGCUUUAUCCCCAACCCAAUGCUCCAGUGUUCCUGUCUCUGAUCAUAUGACUGUCGCAGAUAUGAACGAGGACUCAGAUCACCGAUACUUGAUGUUCUCGGCCUCUUUCAAUAAAGAGUGCCGACAGCUCGCUCGGACCUAUCUGAGUCGCGACCAUAUUCGUGUCCGAAUUUCACGCCCCGGAAGUGUGGUUCGGCACAUUCAGCAAAUCGUUCACUGGGUCGAAAAUCCUCAGAAAAAGCAGGCUCUGUACGACCUGCUGUUGAGUCUAGUUCCCACUCGGACUCUCAUCUUCGUCAACAGCAAGCAGGAAGUCGACUACGUUGAUGACUUCCUGUUCAAUCAAGGACUGCCCACCACCUCCAUGCAUGGAGAUCGCACCCAGCGUGAGCGGGAGGACGCCAUCCGCUCGUUCCGAACCGCGCGAUGCCCAAUCAUGAUUACCACCGGAGUGUCUGCCCGUGGUCUGGAUAUCAUCAACGUCAUGCAUGUGGUCAACUAUGACCUCCCUCGUGCCUCUCAGGGAGGUAUUACGGAGUACAUGCACCGAAUCGGCCGAACUGCGCGUAUUGGGAACGAGGGACUUGCAACCUCCUUCUACAACGAACGUGACGAAGAUCUGGCUCCAGACCUGGUCAAAUUGCUCAUGGAGAGUAAUCAGACGGUCCCCGAUUUCCUUCAGGUGUUCAAGCCCUCGGACGCUACCCUGAGCUUCGACGACGAUACUACUGACAGCGAAGCUGAUCAAGCUAAGACUGAGGCCGAGGCAGGGACCUUCGGGUGGAGUAGAGACGGUGACGAUGAUGACAACGGUGCCAAUGAUGAAGGUGAGCCUGCAGAGGAGGAGUCGCAGUGGGGCCGUCCCACCAUCAACAAGGACGAUGACGGGUGGUAA